AUGGUCUCGGUGGGAACCCUGGAGAAGAGGCGCUUCGUGCUGAAGUGCUUCCAAGAAUCACGGGAGCACGAGCGCGUUGAGGCCUUCUUCAACACGCGGAGCAUGGUUGAAGCUUGGUUAACGCUUGGGGAGGAGUCUCUUCCGGAAGCUCCGGAGAUCGAAGGGAGCAAGCGGACAUGGGAGAGGGCUUUCUACACGUAUCGAAAGAAGAUCAUGAAUUUGAGCUACCUCAUUGACUUUCACGAAAUACUCAAGGCCGAAUCGUUCCGGCAGAGCUCCCUACUUCAUCAGGAAGUUCAUGUUCCUAGCGCAGGCCGAACACUACGCCGAGCAUCGACUUACAGCGAUGGCUGCGCAGCCCGGGACCGACCCAGAGCAGAGAGCCCUCAAUUCAUACGCAACGAGGUAGUGCGAAUUUGA